UCCUGAGAGUCAAGAAAGGCCAAUCUACAGGAAAAAGGGGGAGCUGGACAUUAAGCAUCUUCUAGAAACUCUUCUAGCUGAUUCCAUGAAACGGCGACAGAAGAGGAAACAUUUGGAAAAUGAAGAGUCCCAGAAAACCGCUGAGAAGGGAGGAGGAAUGUCAAAGUCCAAAAAGGCUGUCCUGCAGUCUGGAUCCAGUGGAGUGGCCAAAGGCUGGAGCCAAGGGGUAGGAGAAGUCUCCUCUACCUCUGAAUACUUCUCCUGCAUUUCUUCUUCACGCAAGCUCAUCCAUGGUGGAAUCCACAGAAUACAUCAAGACAGCCCCCAGCCUCAAUCACCCCUAGCCCAAGUUCAGGAACGAGGAGUGACUCCUCCCUGCUCACAACAUGUCUCUUUGUCGCCCCAUUCAUCCUAUAAGACCUGUGUGUCCUCUCUGUGUGUAAACAAAGAGGAAAGGGGCAUGAAAAUAUACUAUAUGCAGGUACAAAUGAAAAAAGGUGUAGCUGUCUCCUGGGAGACAGAGGAAACUUCAGAGUCCUUAGAAAAGCAGCCAAGGAUGGAAGAAGUCACCCUUCCUGAGGUUGUGCGGGUAGGUACUCCCCCCUCGGAUGUGUCCACCAGAAACCUCCUUUCUGACAGUGAGCCCAGUGGGGAGGAGAAAGAGCAUGAGGAGAGGACAGAGUCAGACAGCCUGCCAGGCUCACCGGCUGUUGAGGAGAGACCCAGGGCCAAGACACCUGACUGGCUGGUGACCAUGGAGAACGGCUUCAGGUGCAUGGCCUGCUGCCGGGUGUUCACCACCAUGGAAGCCCUCCAGGAGCAUGUGCAGUAUGGGAUCAGGGAGGGCUUCAGCUGCCACGUCUUUCAUCUCACCAUGGCUCAGCUGACAGGCAACAUGGAAUCAGAGAGCACCCAAGAGGAGGAGGAGGAGGAGGAAGAGGAUGACCCUGAGGAGGAGGAGGAGGAGGAGGAGGAGGAGGAGGAGGAGGAAGAGAAGCCAGAAGAAAAGAAGGAGGAGGAGCAGCCCACAGGGGAAGACCAUUGCCUGAGGAGAUCCUGGAGCCAAUGUCCAGGCUGUGUGUUUCAUUCUCCAAAGGACAUUCCAAAGGACAGGAAGUGA